UGGUGCUGUAGAAGCUAUGUCUGAUAGACAUUGUAUCCACAGCAAUGGAAAAAAUAUAAUUGAACUUUCUGCUGAAGACCUUUUGUCUUGUUGUAGUUCAUGUGGAAUGGGGUGCAACGGUGGAUUUCCUGGAUCAGCUUGGGAAUACUGGGUUGAGAAAGGUAUUGUAACCGGAGGCUUAUACAACUCCCACAAAGGUUGUCAGCCAUAUGUUAUUCCUUCUUGCGAGCACCAUACUUCUGGAAAGCUUCCUCCUUGUGGUGACAUUGUUGACACUCCCAAAUGUGUGCACAUGUGUGAAAAAGGGUACAACGUUAGCUAUAGUAAAGACAAACAUUUUGGCAAGCAAUCUUAUUCCAUCGAUAGUGAUGAAGAACAAAUCCGAACUGAACUUGUUAAAAAUGGACCCGUUGAAGCAGCUUUUACCGUCUAUGGAGAUUUUGUGAAUUAUAAAAGUGGCGUAUAUCAACACCACAGUGGCGAAGAAUUGGGAGGUCAUGCUAUUCGAAUUUUAGGAUAUGGUACUGAAAAAGGAACUCCUUAUUGGUUGGUUGCAAAUUCCUGGAAUGAAGAUUGGGGUGACAAGGGAUAUUUCAAAAUCCUGAGAGGUCAAGAUGAAUGUGGUAUUGAGAGCUCUAUUGUUGCUGGUUUGCCAAAACAAUGAACAUUUUUGUAUUUUUAACUCAUUUUCAGUUAUACUUUCCAUUGUUGGUUGUAAUUAGUAAAAAGCCAAAAGUUUUUUCAUGACACUUAAUGUAACAUUUCACUUUAUGUAAUUUUAUAUUAAUUUUGUUAUUUUUCAAUAAAAAUGUGUUAUUGUCUUGAAA